AUGGGGCGUCUCACCGAGUACCAGGUCAUUGGGCGUCACCUGCCCACCGAGGCUAACCCCACGCCCAAGCUGUACCGCAUGCGCAUCUUCGCGCCCAACACUGUUGUCGCUAAGUCCCGGUUCUGGUACUUCCUGACCCAGCUCCGCAAGGUCAAGAAGGCCAACGGUGAGAUCGUCAGCAUCAAUGUGAUCAGCGAGAAGCGCCCUACCAAGGUCAAGAACUUCGGUAUCUGGCUCCGCUACGACUCCCGCUCCGGCACCCACAACAUGUACAAGGAGUUCCGUGAGAUGAGCCGCACCGAGGCUGUUGAGGCUCUCUACCAGGACAUGGCUGCCCGUCACCGUGCCCGCUUCGGCUCCAUCCACAUCCUCAAGGUUGUUGAGAUCGAGAACGCCGACAGCAUCCGCCGCCCCUACAUCAAGCAGCUCCUCUCCAAGAACCUCAAGUUCCCCCUGCCCCACCGUGCUGCCAACAGCAAGAAGGUGUUCGCUUACUCUCGUCCCUCUACUUUCGCGUAA